AUGGUGUCCUCCUUACAUUCCAGGAGGCUGAAGUACCUGUCUCUGGGGGUUCUCGUGUUGCAGACCACCUCACUGGUACUCACCAUGCGCUACUCUCGCACUCUGAAGGAAGAUGGCCCCCGCUACCUGGCCUCGUCUGCUGUAGUGUCCGCCGAGGUGAUCAAGAUCCUCGUCUGCACUCUCCUGGUCUUCAUGGAGAACAAUUUUUAUGUGAAGGCCAUGAACCAGCAGCUGAAGGAGGAGAUUGUGAGCAAGCCUCUGGAGACCAUGAAACUGGCCAUACCGGCGGGAAUCUACACACUGCAGAACAAUCUACUCUAUGUUGCUUUGUCCAACCUGGACGCAGCCACCUAUCAGGUCACAUACCAGCUGAAGAUUCUGACCACAGCGCUGUUUUCCAUCUCCAUGUUGGGGAGAAGGCUGGGUUUCUAUCAAUGGAUGUCCCUACUCCUCCUCAUGGCUGGAGUCACUUUAGUGCAGUGGCCCACAGCAUCUGUAGGAGAUUCAGAGCAGAAAGUACUGUCUGCGAGCAUCCAGUUUGUGGGUCUGAUGGCUGUGCUGAUAGCAUGCAUAUCCAGUGGUUUUGCUGGGGUUUACUUUGAGAAAAUCCUCAAGGAGACUAAACAGAGUGUGUGGAUUCGUAACAUACAGCUGGGUUUGUUCGGGUUUGUCUUUGGUACAUUAGGAAUGAUGGUGUAUGACGGUGAGAGAGUGACACAUUCUGGAAUGUUUCAAGGCUACAACAAGACCACCAGUAUAGUUAUUGUCUUACAGGCUUUAGGAGGCUUGGUCAUAGCUGUGGUCAUUAAAUAUGCCGACAACAUCCUCAAAGGGUUUGCUACUUCUCUGUCCAUCAUCGUGUCUACGCUGAUCUCAUAUUUCCUGUUGGAAGACUUUAGCCCUACUGGUAUGUUUUUCUCAGGGGCAGCACUGGUUAUUGCAGCCACAUUUCUGUACAGCUGUGAGCGCAAACCUGCUAGUGGCAGUGCUGUAAAAGUAUAA